AAUCUUAAAAAAUAAAAAAUAUAUGGCAACCCCAUUUCUUAUUGGAGUAGGAAUAGCAGUAGCAGCAACAGCUGGUAGAUUUGCAGUAAAAGCUGCACAGAAAUAUAAACCAUCAUCAGGUCCUAUUAUAGGAAGUGUGGGUGGUAAAUAUUAUAAAGGAGGGUUUGAUAAUGAAAUCAAUAAACGGGAAGCUGCUUUAAUUUUAGGUUUAAGAGAAACAGGUAUUAAUAGAGCCAAAAUUAAAGAGGCUCAUAGAAGAAUUGUGUUGCUUAAUCAUCCUGAUCGAGGUGGUUCUCCUUAUUUAGCAAGUAAAAUUAAUGAAGCAAAGGAGUUUCUUGAAAAAGCUGUUAGAUCAUAACGCAAAAAAAAAAAAACAUUUGUCUUUUCACAAAAAUUUUAAUAUUAAUGUAAUUGAUUGUUAUUUAUCUCACAAGAACACACAAGAAAAAAAAUAGAAAUAGUUAAAAUAAGUCAUAAAUUACAAAGAAGAUUA